GGAUGCGCUUAACAAUCCAUACUGAUAUGUAGUAGAUAAAAGUUUAUUAUAAUGGCGUCUGUUGUUCUCCAGGUUUAGAGGUUGCUUUGCAUGCGCCAGGCUUCUCCCCAGGCGGAUUCCAAAUAUCUCACGUAUCACUUUCAAUUAUGGUCUCGCUCACCCAACCAAAAGUCCAGCCCCUACCCAGCGGCAUAAACCUAACCGGCAAGACUGCAGUAGUCACCGGUGCAAGCGCAGGCCUGGGGCUGGAAAUGACUAGGCAGCUUCUCCAACUCCGCAUCUCAACCAUCAUCCUCGCUGUCCGAAACACCGCCAAAGGCGAGUCCUGCGCAAAGUCCCUCCGCCAGGACAGCGGCAUUCGGACCAACAAUCCCAAGGCCGUUACCAAGGUGAUGGAGCUCGACAUGGACCGAUACGAUAGCGUGCAAGCGUUUGCGCGGAAGCUCCGGGAGGAAGUCGCCGUUGUCGAUUACCUUAUCCUGAACGCAGGCAUCGGUCUCAUCAAACUCGAGCGCAGUCCGAGUGGCCACGAGCGCGUCAGCCAGGUCAACUAUUACGCCAAUGUGCUUCUGAUCGCGGAGCUCCUGCCGCAUCUCUACGCCGGUGCGGAGAAGACGGGGUCCCCUGCGCGGAUUUCCUGGGUGGGCAGCCGACAGCAUCUGUCCUCAAGUCUGCAGAAGCAUUCCUUCACAGAUGGUAAGGGCCCACUGGCGUAUCUAGAUACAGAAGAGGCAUUCCUUCCGUUUCAAAGAUACGGCGACUCCAAACUGCUGUGCGUGAUGUUCAUGUAUAGUUUGGCGGAGCGCCUGGAUCCAACCAAGGUCGUCAUCAACAUGAUGUGCCCCGGCAUGGUGAAUACGUCUAUGAGCGAUGUACUCCCACUACAUCUGCGCCUUCUUGUCAAUGUCCUCAAGGCGAUUGCUGCCCGGUCCGUUGAGGCGGGUGCGUGGAUUGUUCUGCAUAGUGCCCUUGUCGCGGGUCCGGAGUCGCAUGGCAAGUUCUUAAACGAUAAGACAAUCGCCGAGAAAGCACCGUACAUUGUCUCGGCGGCGGGCCAGCAGGUGCAAAAGAAACUGUGGGAGGAGACGAUAGCAGAGAUGAGCAGGUUGAUCACGCUCCCUGUUGUAUUCAAAUAA